AUGAUGGCAGCGUCUAUAAAUCUUCGUUAUAUUCUAGCCUUGCUGUUUGUCAGUCGAACUUUCACCGCACCAGUCGCGUCGAAUAACCCUGAUCCGAUAUGUUCAUUUGCUCAACUUGUCGCACCCGGUCAAGGUUCGUUGGUAUACAAAUACAAAACCGAAGUGAAGUUGUCCGUUGCCAAUGGACAAUAUGAUUUGAAAAACGAAAUUACCGCUGAUGUACACAUUAAAAGUCUUCCUGAUUGUAAUUAUGCACUUCAGCUUCGCAAUGUUAAAGUCACUGAAACGGAAGAUGAAAAUGAAUCAACAUUGGGCUCAUCAUCUGCUCAGAGAGAGCUUGAAAAUCUUGUUGUUAAUUUUCGUUCAGUUGACGGAUUUGUUCUUGCUGUUGUAGUUGAUGCAUCGGCAAAUGUCGAUCACGUUAAUUUCAUCAAAGGUAUUCUCAGUGCACUUCAAGUUUAUUCACCCGUUUCAAACGAUGGUGAAAACACUGUUCGCGAAGAAGAUGUACUUGGUGUAUGUACAACUCGGUACACAUACUCACAAAAAGGUGCGGCGACAGAGGUGACUAAAAUUAAAGAUUUAUCAACAUGUUCAAGAGAUAAAUUGCACAUGAGCUCCAGUCCGGUAUUGACUUCACUUCUUGGACCAUUGAUGGAGGAAGCUUUCUCGAUUAAAGCACGAUACGUAUGUCGAACAGAUAUUCGUGAUAAAAAAAUUCAAUCGGUUAAGUGUAAAACGAUCGAAGUGGAUCCUGAUUCCGCACGAAAAUCCUCCAAGAAGGGCGAUGAUCACGACCAUGCUCAUGGAAGUGAUUCGAGUUCUGAAGAAGAAGACGAUGAAAUCGAUUUCGAUGUGAAAGAUGAGGAUGAGGAAAUCUCUUCGAAACUUGUAUCAAUCAAACAAGAAUUGAAAUUACAAACAACUGGAGGCAUAAAUGUUGACGCAGGUACAUUGAAAAAUCCCGUUCGUCAAACAUUACAAUUCAUUCCGACCGCAUCGUUUGAUAAAUCAAAUGAAGUUGUAUCAGGAUUAGUGACAAAAAUCCAAGGACUUCUUAAAUCAAAAGACUGGGAUCCUUUUACGGCCUCUCGUUUUAUCGAAAUCACAAAUGAAUUGCGACGCAUGGAAAAAGCCGAUUUGAACAAUUUUCAAGCGAAUGCAGAUAUCAAAAACAUCGUACCCACGUUUCUUAGUACAAUCUAUGCGCACGAUCCGAUUGCUGCUUCAUUUAAUUUCGAUCCAAAAACUUUAAAAUUCGCCAAUCCAUUAGCAGUUGCUUAUUUGAGUAAUCCAUCGAAAGAUUUAGUUGACCAAAUUGUCGAAAGUGCCAGUCGAUUAACAGCGGAGCAAGUACCUGACUUUGUCGGACUAGCUGCCACUAUUCUCAAAGCUUACAAAGCUCGAGAAGAUAAUCAUAAGGAGUCGCAUGAUAAAAUCAAAGAAUUUCAAAAAGCAAUCUCCAAAUUUGUAAAGAAUGAUAAGGCUGCCAAAGAAGCCACAACUGCUGUCUUAGCUGCAUAUGCACAACUAGGUCUCUAUGAUGAUAAUGUCAAAGCUCUUGCUGCUGAUGAUAAAGCACCAUUGGAAGUUCAAUAUCAAGCUUUGAAUGUUAUUCGCCAUAUUUGUGAUGGUUUUAUCGAUGAUAAAAAUGAAGUGAAAAUUCGAACUGAACUUCAAAAUCUUCUUUUGAAAAAACUUCAAAAUGAAGCGAACAAAAAUGCAGUACGCGUAUGGGCAUUCGAAGCAUUGUAUACAUCAUUCAUUUACAAUCCUGAAGAAGAUGACUCAACAUUAGGAGAUAAUUUGGAAAAAGCUCUCUCAGAGAUUCUCGAUCAACCACUUAAUCAAGUGAAUGGUUUUAUCUGGUCAGUAUUGAAAUAUUCAGUUCUCGACCGUUUAUGCCCUUUACGUGGCCUUGCUGCUCGUCUUCGAUCUCAUCACAGCAAUAAGAAACAAUUUCUUGAACAAGCGACAUUAUCCUCACGUCAGAUACAAGUAGAAGUGCCCCUUCGUCAAAACUACCGAGCGGUUGUUCACUUAUCAGCUGUUUUCGAGAAUGAUCGUGCUGUUCCAUCGUUCAUCGGUGGUCAAUUAGCAUUCGAUGGUAUUCGUCGCGAAACUCUUCGUUUGCCAUGGGUUGAAGCUGCAUUUAUUAUUGAAAAUUUGGACUGGAAUGUUGCCGAUUACUUCUUACGAUUGGAUCCAUUGAAUAAAAACAAGAAUGUCAAUGAUGAAUACAAAGAAAAUACCAAAAGUAAACUACCAGCUGGUUUAAAAAAACUUCAAGAAACACACGAUGAGAAGGAAGAAGAUCCUGAUCCGUCUGUACACCUCUAUUUGAAAUUAUUCGGUGUUGAUGUUCGUUCACGCGAUGUUACUGACAAAGUUCAAGAUAUCCUCCGUAGUAACCUGCGAACGUUCGUUCGAAAUCAAAUUUUGAAUAAAUUCAAGGAUCUCGCGGGAAAAGGCCCCAUUUAUCGCAUACCAUUAGAAAUUGGUGCUGCAUCAGCAGCUGCCAAUGGUCUGACGUUGUACAAAUCAGCACAGGUUGGUAUUGUAGCUGAUUUAUCAUCUGAUUUUAAAAAUACUCGCGACAAUGAUGGCAUCGGCACGUUUAAAAUAACCAGUCAAUCAGCACUAAGUUUCUCAUUAACACUUCAACGCGAAGUUGCAUCACCGUUAGUAUCAGUUGGUGAAACGAUUCAAAUUGGUGCCAUAUCUAAUGUUCCAUUUGAUUACACUGCUGUAGCAAACAAAGAAGGACGUACACGGGAAUUCAAUCUACUGAAUGCUCAAUCAACAGUUUUAGCACUAGACUUUAAAUACGGAUUACGCACAUCGAAAGGCUUUAAAAGUCUUCCCAAUCCCAAGUCGGCAAGUAUCGAUCCAUCGUGUUCACCAACCAAUGUGUAUCGUGCAUUGGGUAUUCGGGCAUGUUUGGAACUUAAUCCAUUCCGUUCAAUACAACUCGGCUCACGGCCAUCAUAUCCUAUUACGAUUACCUUAAACAAAGAUCCAUCGAUUAAAAAUUGGCGUAUCGGCUGGCGUUUCAAUGCUCAAGAUGCUCCACAAUAUGAAGUUGCUGUAGAGAGUGUUGGCGCAACUACUGCUUAUCCCGGUCUCGGUAUAUCCGCAACAAAAACGGGCAAUAAUUUCAACAUCCGAGUUCUAACUGGCAUGAAAUCGUUUGCAGUGAAAGGAACACAAAACGGUAAUAAAUUUGAUGGAACAGUUGUCUCCAGUGACGGUAAAGAAGUCAUGACCACAUCCGGAACGUUAACUAUAAACAAUGAUGGAUUUAAAUUGGACAGCAAACUCGUUGAUAUUUCAAGUAAAAAGGAAGUUCUUUCAUUAAAGACUGAUAUCAUACCAAAUCGCGGCCAAGGCCUAACCGCAGAUAUCAGUUUAACAACACCGGACAAAGCACGUUCAUUCAAAGUUCAUUUUCAUGGAGAUAUUUAUCAACCGAACAAAAAAUUAAUUCACAUCGAUUCAAGUUUCGUACUUGGCGAUAUGAAUUACCAAGGCAAAGCACACUUGGAAAACAAUGCUGAUCAAACACGUAUUGAAUUGCGUCGCGCCAUACAAUUAGGUAAAACUUCGCCCCGAAGUGGCUAUGACUUUGUCUACGAGCGGAAAAACAAUCAUGACAAGAGUCAACAUACGUGCAAUGUGGCAACACAUUUAGCAUUACGAACACCGGCUCGUGAUGAACCAUUGAAAAUUUUUGAUCUCAAAACUGAUUUUGCUCGCACUAAUGAUUUAUCGAAUGCAACACUUCAUGGUUCGGUCGACUUUGUGCUUAUUACACGCAAUCCGCCUGUGCCAGAACGUCUCGAGCUCGAUUACGUUCGACGAUCAGUCAGAGCCAGCAGUCAAGCAAAACGUUUGAUAUCACCAGAAGCAAAUUUGAAAAUACAAGUGAAAACGAAAUCGAAUGUUUUCAAUUUUCUUCUGGAUCAUCGACAUCGAAAGAGUUCCGAAGCAUCGAAAAAAGGUCCAGUCACCGUUUCACCAACUCUAGAUAUUGCCAAUAAAAUCCAUAUUGCGGCUGACACCGACAAACUACUUCCAGACAUUCCACGACCAUUCGCAUUCGAUGUUCUAUCCGAUCUUGAUUUUGAAUUACUGAACAAGGUUGAUUACAAAUUCCAGUACGAUCUUCGCCGUCGCCAACGCUCAGCUGUCUUCACUUAUCACAGUCAAGUUGACAAAGUUACCGACGGUCAUCUCUUCUCCGGUACAAGUAAAUCUGAAUUGCAAUGGGAGAACAAAGAGAAGAAGGCAACGGCAACCGGCAAUUUUGUUAUCUGUACACGAUCACGUUCAUUAAAAACACAUUGGGAUAUUGAUACGAGUCUUGUUCCAGACAAAAAUGAUAUAACACUGGAUUUAAAUGUUCGUUUCGAUCGACAACCAAAAAAAGAAUCAGUGAAAUCGGUCAUUGCUGCAUACAAUGUAACAGUCAAAGCACCUAAACACGAGAGAUUCCAGUUAAUUGAUCUCAAUGGUAAUCUUACGAAACAAACGAGCCGGUUCGAAACAUUCAAUUCAAUUUCUUAUCGUGUGGAUAAAAAUUUAAAAGAAAUCAAUUUGAAUGCUGUAGUCAGUCGUAAUCAAACUGGUGAUGGUUCAUUACAAACUCAUCUGGUCAUUUCGUUACCAUUUAAAUAUUUGCCAUACAUUACUCAUGAUUUAACUGCCCUUCGAGCUUCACCUAAUGGACGCAUCAGCUAUAUUCGAUCAAAUCUUCUUGCUAAACCAGUUCUUUCACAUUUUGCACAAAUUAAAAUCGAUCGCUCGAAUACCAAACGUCCGCCAUGUGUUGAAGUUGAAAAUGGCAUCGAAUACUUACGAGCAAAUGGAGAUAAUUUACAUGGUUACUCGAAAGUCAACGUGCAUCGUUGGUCAACGUUACAUUCAUUCGGUUUAUUGAAACGAAACAACGAUGUAUUACAUCGACAUUCCAUUGGUUACAUAUUUUCGAAUAAAACACGCAAAGUAGCCUUAACAUUGGAAAGUCCACAAAUAUCCGGCAAUCCAUUGAGUUUUCUGGUUGAUUUAACAAUCGAUCGUGAAAAUCGCAUCGGAAAAUUGAAAUGGCCACAAGAAUUUGGUGUUCAUGUCGAAUUCGGUACACCAGUAACGAAUCUAACCGCUCUUCAUGUCUUCUACAAUCUUCCCAUGUUCGGAAAAGAUGCAGAUAGAAAAGUUGAUGCUAGCGUUGGUUUUCGAUUAGCAUCACCAAAAGUCACACCGAUUAGUAUGUACUUCCAUGCUAAAGGGUCACUGAACACCACCUUACAUAUCGUUGAUUCUGUCAAUAUUGGAGAUGAUGUAUCGUUGGGUGGAACAUUAACUGCUCAAUACAACCCUCAAUCGAUCAGCCAAAUGAGCAUUUCAACAUCGGCGAAGUUUUAUGAUAAAGAAUUUCAAAACUCGAUCUAUGCACUUUUCAAACAACAUCAGAUCAUUGUACGCGGCAUUGUCAAUACGACAUCCGACGAAGAUUAUAACUAUGAAAUGGACAUUGGUUUCGACGAUGAAUCACUGACCGGACACACAGAAAGAACCGAUGGACAACAAACAGUUGUGUCUGAUAUUGACGCAAAGAAAUGCACACCCACAGGCAAAUAUUCUCGUUGUUACAAAGGUGACAUUACCAUUCGUACGAAUAACAAUGCCGCUGGAAGAAAAGGUACAUUUGAUGCUAGCUUUGGUCAAGGAACAGCGAAAUUAGAUGUGAAAGUCCCUGAACAAAUUGAAUUGAAAUUCGAUCACGCACACACUGGUCGAAUUCGUGACGAGGACUUCAGUUCGAAAACAACAAUCGAAGGAAAAUCUCUACGACCAGAUAACAAAGCUUCAUUCAGCUAUUCUGGUUCGGUAGACAAAGAAGAUGGUAAAUGGAACAAUGUACAAGUGAAGAGUUCUGUAUCGGAUAAAAAGACCGGACAGAAGAUAUUAGUUGGUGAUCUUCAAGUGAAUCAAAAAGUGACAGACAAGCUUUCUGCACAAUAUCAACGUAAGAUCGAUUUUAAUCUUGAACGAGCUGGUCAUAGCAUUGUUGGUUGGUCGAGUGAAUCUGUUAGUUGCAAAGAUAAUCCAUCAAAUGUUGUCAAAGGCAUCUGUCAAACAGCUACAUUCAAUUUAAAAGCCAACAAUAACUUGGUACAACGUCUUCGACAACGUUUAGAUCUUCCUGCCGAUCCAAAAUUGUCCAAUCCAGCCGGUCAGGUGACUUAUGAUGGUAAACUAAAGCUGGAUCUCAAAUUCGAUCCUAAAACCGGCCCACAUACUGUAAAUCUCGAUCUCAAUCGUCUGAAAGAGGAUGCUAUUGACCUCGAUGCCUCCUAUCAAGCACGAUAUGAGAAUGAACCAAUGAAUCUUCGUUUGAAAGCAAAUCUUCCUCGACAAGAUCCCAUCUCCGUCAAGUAUGAUGAAACCCGAAAUUCACCGACAAACUUUCAAGGCAUAUUAAAAUAUUCCUUCAAUGCUAAUGAUGGUUCAGCGGAGAAGACUUAUAAAUGUGACGUCGAUCGACCCGAUGCCAGCGAUGUUUCAGUGAAUUGUAAAGGCGAACGAACCACAUUAACAAUUGACAUCGAUCGUAAAGUUGGCAAGUCGAAAGCGUAUAUUGACUUAAAUCGAUUUGAAGGCGAACGUGUUGGAUACGAGGGUGUACGAAAUCCAGAAACCAACGAAGUUGAUGCAACAGUAUAUACUCUAGUUACUGCGUGGAAUAUUAAACGUCAGCCUGGCAAAUCAACGACCAUCACAGUUAAACAAAAGAACAAGGAAGUGUUACGUGUCGAAGGUACAAAAGUAAAUGAUCGUGAAAUUCAAGUGAAAUUCUCACCGUCCAAUGUCAAUCUCAAACUCGAAUGGGACAAUUCCACAGUAAUCAAUCUUCAACAGACACAGCCUCAACAACGAGACCUCGCAAAAAUCACCAUUGACCGAGCUCAAAUUCGACCUUAUUUGCCAUCGUUACGCAAUCAAAACCGGCCAUCACGUGACAUUGACGAUCCUUUGUCAAAAUCAAAGAAACCUCUAAUUGAAAUUGCAUUUGAUUCUCACGUAUUUCUGUCACUUUCUCAAGCAUUGGCAAAGUUAGGUUCUCACAAUGGUAUUUACGGCUUAGAUACAGUAAAAAAAGCGUUUAAAUUGCAAAUCGGCGAUGCACCAUUGACAAUUUACAAUACUCAACAUUGGAAAACCCAUCGCGAAUAUAGUCAAUUGCCCGAGAGUUAUUCAGUUCGUGUUGUCAACGACGCUAACGGAAAUUUCAUCCAGAUAGCAACGAAUAAAUGGAACGAAGAUCGAUUGAUUUCUAAAUUGAGUCAUUCAUUUGACGGUGGCAAAACGCUUACAACUGAUUUGGAGCUCAAUCGAAAUUAUGGUCAUCAAGUUGGCUCGGUCUACUUUUUCCAUAGCACCGGUUCGCGAAAUAUCCAAGGAGCGAAACAACUUCGAAAUUAUACACGAAAUUUUGUUCGAAGUCAUUUACAACAAGAUUUAAACAAGACAAACAUUGCCGAAUUAAGUCGAGGUCUUCGUAAACGAUUGCGUAGCAUAUUGGAAGUCGACUAUGAAGCACUCAAAGCAAUUGUUGAUACAUGGAAUACCAAAGAGCCCGAAAAAAGCUUUCUCCGUCAAUGGUCUGCCCGUCUUGGUUUAGCUGAAUUCUUUGCUAAAUAUCCAACCUAUAGUCAAGCAUCUGACCGUACCUUUGCGAUUCUCCGUGAACGUAGCCAGGAACGUGAAGAAUAUUGGCGCAACCGUUUCGAAGCUAUUCUCAAUGACAACCGUCUGCAAGGUUUAACUGAACGCUUUCAAGCUAAACGCACAGCACUGAUCAAACGUCUAUUGGAGCGUGCCGAGAAGGUACUCGAUCGAUUGCUGCCAAAAGUGGAUCAAGCUAAUGUUGAAAAACGUAUUACAGACUAUGUCAGCAAACUAAUUGCUGCAUUUGAACAAAUCUCUCGACGAAAUACUGAACAAUGGAAAGCAACAUUUCGAGCUAUUGAUGAAGCAACAAAAGGAGAAGAAAAUAAAUGGUUUCGAACCUUAGUUGCUGAUAUCGAUUCAAAUGCCUUCGCAACAGCAGCCGAUGCGGAAUUAAAUAAAGUGUUGAGUAAAUUACGUGAUUCAUCGAAAUUGUUCACUAGUAAUCUUCAUCAAUUCUCACGACGAAUUACUAAACGACGAGAAUCGAUUCGCGAACGAGUGAAAAAUGCUAUUAGACAUAUUCCGAAGGUUUAUUUGAAUAAUACAAGCUUUGAAUUAUUAGUACCAGUAGGCCGUCAACCAGGUACUUACGCAGGUACCAGUGAAUUAAUACUUGGUCUCGGCAGUUUACUUCGAAAUCGUGACCAAGCAUUUGAUACAAUUCGUUCAAUCUUAGAAAGUCGUUUAACAGCGCGUUCAGAAACAUUACAGAAUUAUUGGAAAGCAUUACGUACAUUCGCCAGACGUAUUUUCAAACGUAAUCCAUCGUUAACACCCGAAUUUCAAGCAAUCGUUGCUCAAACAGGUGAUGCGAUAGACGUUCAUGGAAAUUAUGUAUAUUUGAAUCCUGCAUGUGAUCAUGUUCUUCUUCAUGAUUUCGCUGAUUUACAAUUCUCAUUCCGUUUAAUCAAUGGUAAAGUUCACUCAUUAGUUCCCAAUCAAGGCGAAAUCAAAGAUCAUGAAUGUUCUGACACUGGUCGAGUUCAAUUCUGUAAUCAUGGUGACUUUUAUACAGUUAAUGUGCCAAUGUAUUAUGGUGGUCGAGUUGAUGGUGCACUUGGUGAUGUACGUAAACGAGGUCGCCAAGGACAAGAGAAAGUCAAUCGAUGGCUGUUACGAGAAUGUCCUGCUGCAACUCGAGAUCAGCCGAAGAAAGAUGAACAAACUAUUGCCGAAUGUGCUAGUGAGGACGAUGACAAACAGAGCUUUUGUGAGCAUUUCGUUCGACGAGGUUUGAAAGAGGGUAAAGAUCGACGGGAACUAAUUGCACAUGCUUUACAAGCACGCCAAGUAUCCAUAUAA